AUGUCGACCGUCAUUGUAUUUGGGCCAACCGGCAACAUCGGCUCCGUCGCAGCCCGCACUGCCCAAGAGCAUGGAGCUAAGGUUGUCCUAGCCAUGCGCGAUCCGAAGAAGACCAUUCCGGGUCUGGGCUCGGAGCAGGAGCAAGCUGGGGGUUUCGAAAGGAUUCAAGCCGAUUUGACAGACGCCGAUUCCGUCGCUGCGGCCGUCAAGAAAUCCGGAGCCAAGCGCGCGUUCAUUUAUCUCGCCUUCGGCUCUUCAGACCACAUGAAGUCCGCUCUUGAAGCUUUGAAAUCCGCUGGCAUCGAGUUUGUCGUAUUCCUGAGCAGCUACACCAUCUCGGGCGAGGCCAAAGACGUUGAACCAAGUGACAUCAUUCCUUACAUCCACGCACAGGUGGAAAUCAACCUUGACGAAAUAUUCGGGCCUGAGAACUACGUCGCCGUGCGUCCUGGCGGCUUCGCCACAAACAUGCUGCGUAACAAGAGUGACAUUGCAGCUGGGGAGGUCAAGCUUUAUACACCGAACUUCAAGCUCGAUUGCGUCACACCUAUUGACAUGGGUCGUGUCAGCGGAACUAUCCUUGCCCAGGGACCAAAGAAUGGACAACGAAAGGUCUAUGUCUACGGUCCUCAGAUCAUCUCGAUGUCAGAUGCCAUUCACACUAUUGCGAAGGUUCUGGGCAAGAAUGUUAAGAUUACUCCUAUUAACGCUGAAGAGGCUUUGGAGCAGCACCUUAGCCAUGGUCUGCCUAAGCCGCUAGCGGAGUAUAUGAUUCGGAGAUUCGGAACUGAUGAGAAUGCGAAUGUCCCGCGUGCUUAUUAUGAAGAGGGUGUUCAGAAUGUGCAGCUUUACACUGGAGCACCUUCUACUAGUUUUGAGAAGUGGGUGGCUACGAACAAGGAUCUGUUCAGUGCGUAA